ACUAUCGGUCCCAAAUCACGGUAUUUUCUUCCUUCUACAUUCAAAAUUUGUCCAUGGAAACAAGACGCAAACAGACAUAAUUCGAAGUCUUAGUAAAGCGUGAGGAUUGGUGAUGGAGACUGACAGCCUGUCUCGCCCACUUCUCUUCCCCUGUGCCGAUAGAGUAAAAGUACCACAGGUUGGGUCUGAUGAAUCAAAACUCAAAAGCCAAUUCUCCUUCCUGUCACAAAGUUUACCUCCAACUCGUACCCAGGAUGCACAGGGUAAAAUCCAUCAUGACUAUGUGAAGAAGAUAAGCGCUGAUCUCCUCUUCAGUGAAGCUGUAAUUCGCAAACAUGCAGCUCAUACACUUCCAUACAACAAGGUAGAUCUGAAAGGAACUUUUGAUUCCAAAGGAAUUGUGAAGAAGAAACCACUGAAAAAGAUUGGGACUGUUGGAAGGCAUAACCAGCGUGGGUACGAAAAGAAACAUGCUCCUUGCCACAUCACUACAGUAUCAGAACACAAGCUUAAGCCACUCCAGCCCAAAAAGAAAAAGAUAAUUCCUGAUAGAGAUGAUGAAAUUGUGUCUGAAGCUGGAACUGUUCUUAAAGGGAAAAAUGCAUUCCUCACUGAAACCGAGCAAGAGAAUGAAUUAGAAGAGGAAGUAGAGAUCAACACAGAUUCCCAGCAUAAUUCAAAGACGAGAACAAAAGAAUCUGAGAAUUGGGAUUCUCAUGUCUUGAUGAACCUGAGCAAAGCAACAGCAAGAUGGAUUGUCAACGAGCGAACACCUCAAGGUCCACAGAAGGACAGACUUACCAAGCUACUCGUUGAGAAGUUUGGAGAGUCUUCACAGCUUGAUACUCUUAUCAGAGAUGACACCAGCAUGAGUGAGACUGGGCUAGCUGAGCCAGCAGAACAAAGGGCAGAUAGCAGAACCUCAAAGAAACAGAAACCAGUGCUUUCUGGGGGUAGAAAAAGUUCUAGUGCCAAGGAUAAGAAAGAAGGAGGAGAAGGUGGUGAGGAUGAAAAUGAUGAAGAAGACAUCAAUACACAACCUUUAGCAUCAUUUUAUCGUCUUCCUGGUGGAGUCAGACGGAAGCAAAGACAACUUGCCAUUGAUAGUCUAGGUGCCAUCAACACAACUGCUCAAGACAUCCAAGUAUUCCGUCGUAAACCCAAGCCACCUCCUACUCUCAAGGAUGUAAUGAAUCCAGCCAUUGGUGAUAAGAUGCUUGAUACACACAACCAGUUUGAGCAAGAAUGGUUGCUUGGUGCACAGUUGAUUCAUCAGCCCGGUGAUUCAAAUCUCUACCUGGAUUCUGGCAACGUGUAUCAGGUCUCAACAAGGAAGAGUUUCCCUCAAGAUCCUUUAUCUUGGCACACUGAGAGCAAGAAGAAAACUAAAGAUCAAAAGAGCAAGAAAGAACGAGGGAAGAAGAAGAUAGACAUGCCUCAGCAUGGCUACAAAAAGUGGAAUAAACUUCCACAGCCCCUGCAGGAGGAACAGAUGGAUAUUCAUGAAGCAGGCUACGAUGCUGAAGCCCACAGGGAACCAGACCCAACAACUCUCAAGAGACAUAAAGAGAAUCCAUCGCUAGUUCAGCUCGUUGAUGAAUGGAGGAAUAAAUGGCACCUCGGUAGCAAGUGGUACGACAGCUCCAUCAAUGACCUUGAGAAAGACAUGAAUGACAUCAAUGAGCAUGUAAGAUUACAGGCCAUAGCAACCAUCGCUAAAGCAGCUACAUUCAGACCACCUGAUGAACCAGGAAGUGUUUCUCUUUCAAAGCCGUCAAAGGUCAAAAGUCGGCUUACCGGAAUCUUCAAUAAAAUUGGAAAGGAUGCUACAUCUCACGGUGUCCUCCCAGCAAAGCUUCUAAAAUGCGUUGAGAAAUCCUUGUUUGAUCCCAGUCCGAGAGUUUGCGUGACUGCUGCCAUCGCUCUGUAUACACUAAACAGACCAAAUGAAGAGCCACCUUAUGAACAGGCAAGAAAGAUCUUAAAGGAUGUGAUAAAGUCUGGAAGCGGGCCUGAACGUUGGGCAGCAGCUCAGUGUCUAGCACAUGCUGGCGUCUGUGACUCCUUCGUGGUCGGUGAGCUAGUCAAGCAGCUCUUUGACUCUGAGAACAUGGUCAAGCAUGAGCAGUGUAUUCGACUGCUCACAAACCUCAGUAGAGGGUCGUCCAUCGUGCAUUCCAUGGUUGCUGAACAGCUAAACAGUACCAGUUGGAGACAUCGUAUCGUGGCUUGCCGAACCUUUCCUCGCCUCUAUGGCACUAUCAAUAAGGAUAUCACCCACAAGCUUAGUAAUCUGAUGUGGAAUGACUGGCAUCGGGAGGUCCGAACCACCGCUGCUCAGACUCUAGGCCGUACAGGACACGGGAAGGAUGUCCAUGAUGAUCUGAGAGAUAGAUUACUCAACGGCAGUGAGAGGGAUAGGAUUGAUGCGCUGCAGAAGAUUGGACAUCUAGGUAUUAUGACAGCCCGCCUCCUGCCAUCAUAUCUGAAAUGCUUUGAUGAUCCCUACAUCGCUGUGAGGAUUGCUACCACUGAGACGGCUAGUAAGCUAGAACUCAAGGAUUCAGAUGUUCUCAUGAAGCUGCUUUUCUUGACAGAGUUUGACAGCAACUGGAAGGUCAAGGCACAUGCUCUCAAAGCUCUUGGAGACAUAGGUGAAUCUAACAAACACAUAGAGAGUGCUGUGCUGUGGGCUCUUAGGUUUGAAUCUCAGGCUGGUGUGAGAGCGGAAGCUUGUCAGACGAUGAUUAAACUAGGCAUCAAGGAUCCAGAGAUACCUGCCAUGCUUCAAGAAAAACUACUGGUAGAGCCCGAUGAAGUUGUCAGAGAGCAACUUGCAAUAGCUUUGGAAUCGUUUGGUGUGAGUGCUACCGGUGACAUGGAGAUGGUCCAGCAGAUUAAGGAUGAAGUACGACGUCUAUGCACCCGGUAUAACAUCGCUGCUAAGAUCACGCUCAAUGAGGAGAGGGAGGAGCUAGCACACCAGCAUAAACGCUUCUUUGAUUCUUCUCCUGCUCCAAGUGAACUUGUGAAAUCUGAUGUGUAUAUGCGCAGCCCAACUACAACACGCCCUUCAACCAAGCACAGUAUGAGAACCGUGACCCCAUCAAUCCACAUCAGCGUGGAUGAUGACUAUCGUCCUGGAACUGAGACACCCGAGGUUGACUUACCUAAGACACCCGGAAGCAUCGUUCCCACUGAUCUCAUGGGUAACCGACUCAGUCCUGCACAGCAGGGCAGCCGCCCUAACACCGGCAACACCCUGGGCAGGACAACACCUGCAGGGACUCCAUCGGGCUUGGUGAGGACCACGUCCGCUGGGAGACGAACCCCUGAGGAGAAACUGAAUAAGCUGAUCGAGGUCUAUGAAGGAACAGCAUCUCUUGCUCAGUACCAGGAGUUCAAGCAAGGAGACCUUGAUGCCAAAGAUGAUGGGAACGUGCGGAAACUGUCUCAGAUACCGGAAGCACCAACGGAAGAGGUUUCUGGUGAAAUCACAGGUCAGAGCAAAGUCCUGGAGGAUGAUGAAGGCAGCAGUGAUGUCUUCACCUCGGAUGUUGCAGAAUCACGCCUUGAUCAGACAGUGAUGGAUAAUGUCGACGUGCCUCUGAUGGGUGGUGAUGUCAUGAUACCAUUCCCUCGGAAGGACCGCAGGAAGAAGAGCGCGAAUGAGGAGCAAGUGAAUAAGGACGAUGCUGAGGAUAGUGAUGAAUAUGAGAUGGAUGAUGACUUGGGAGACGAUGAGGAAGAUGAGUUGAAGAAGUCAAUCCUUCGUCCAACACCUGAACCUGGAUCAGUGAGUCGAAUGACAUCGGCGACUCAUAAAGAUGACUCAAGACCACCAUCUAAUUGAAAUCGAGUUGCAAAACUAUAUGGAUUAUUAGUAAACUGCCAGAAUACUGUAUACCCUUUUAUUAUAAUGUAUGCAAGUCAGUAUGAAUGUAAAAUUAAUUUUGAGGUUAAGACCACUUCAUCUUUCAAAGAAGUUGGGGUUGUGAAUAUUUCUAACCCACAUAAGAGCCAAUAGUUUGUUUGAUGUUAAGAAAGAAAGUAAAUCUUCUUUGAAUAGCUGUCGAGAUGUUUUUUUUUUUAAUAUCUUAUAUCAUAAUAUAUGACAGAUUCUGUAAAAGCUUGGGGUUAAUAUUUAACAGCUGUCAAUAACAGGAGGAUAACGUAGGAGGCAGUUUCUAUUGUGCUUAUAAUACUAAUAAUAAUAUACUUA